AUGGCUACUAAUAUCGCGUCUCGUCUUUUUUUGCGAUCUUACUCUCUAGCGGGUCCCUUACGGAAAACAUAUCCUUUGACUCGCUUUUCUUCAUCGUCAGUUCGAACUUAUGUUACUCCGACAGUUCCUGUCUUGAAAGACGUUCUCCAGCAAUUAUAUUUACGAGAAAUCAAAGCGUACACGCCUGCACCUACGAAAGCCGACGCUGCAGACGUGAAACAACUUUCAAUACCAACUCCUCCACAGCCACCAGUUUUUAACGAGGAUAACCUGCAGGAUCUAGCAUCUUAUGAAUUUGUUGACAAAGAAAGUGAAAGCAAAGAAGCGGCAGCUCAAGAAUCAGUUUUUGAAUAUGAAUUAUUUGGACCAGAAGGAGUUCCUGAUAUUCCUUUGAAAAAUAUUGGCGGUCAUCAUUAA